CUGAGGCUCCGGCCCCGGCCCGGCCCGGCCAUGGGCGCCAAGCAGAGCGCCCCCGCCGCCGCCAACGGCCGCGCCCGCGCCUACUCGGGCUCUGACCUGCCCUCGGCCGGCGGCGCGGCGCGGGCCCGCGCGCCCGCACCCCCGGCCCCGGCCGCCUCGGGCUCGGCCGCCGCCCCCGCCCCGGCCCCGGCCCCGGCCGCCUCGGGCUCGGCCGCGGGGCCCCGGGGGGGCGCCCGCUCCCUGGGCGGCGGCGGCGGCGGCGGAGGGGCCCGGGCGGCUCAGUCCGCCUUCCACAUCCCCAGCAGCAGCAGCAGCAGCGGCCCGUACGGCUCGCAGGACUCGGUGAACAGCACCCCCGACGAGGGCCGCUCGGCCGCCGGCGGGCCCCGCCUGGUGAUCGGCUCGCUGCCAGCGCACCUCUCCCCGCACAUGUUCGGAGGCUUCAAGUGCCCAGUGUGCUCCAAGUUUGUACCUUCAGAUGAAAUGGACUUACACCUUGUGAUGUGUUUAACGAAGCCAAGGAUAACCUAUAACGAGGAUGUGUUGAGUAAAGAUGCUGGCGAAUGUGCAAUAUGCCUGGAAGAACUGCAGCAAGGAGACACAAUAGCUCGGCUGCCUUGUCUGUGCAUCUAUCAUAAAGGUUGCAUAGACGAGUGGUUUGAAGUCAAUCGUUCUUGCCCUGAGCACCCUUCGGAUUAAGCGUCUGAUUCCUGCUUUGUUUUCUUAUGUCUCUUCAAGAUGUUUGGAAAACAUAAGAGAAUAUGAGGACCUGUCUCUGGGAAAAAAAACAUAUGCAGCCAGAAACGUGAGUUCUAUGGGCCUGGAGCACACCAAGAUGGACAAUCACAGAGAUGACUCCUAUGCGAGGGAGGACCAUUAGUUGGCCCCGAGCUUGGUGCACCAAACAUGCACCUAGAAGGACGAACAGCAGGGAUUUUGGAAAUGCCGCACAUCCCUCCGUUGUCUACCCAUAGUUACCGUUGGUAAACAUUUUAUAUUCAGACGCCAAAGUUAACUAAUUUCAUAGUGGAUUUACUUCUUGAGUUCCCUAGAGCUGUGAAUGGAUUUGGAGGUUUUUUUUCUCUUUUCCUCCCAACUUGGAAGUUUUUGCAUUCUCAGAUUCUAAAGUAAAGAUGACCUCAAGCUUUCUUUUUGUGGAUUAACGCCUCAAAAAGCAAACGAGGCACCGGAGCAGCAGUAAGACCUUUUUCUCUGAAUGCAGACCAUGAUCUCAAGGUCUUCCAGACAUCAUCUCCAAAGGAAAAAUGAAGAGCAGAAUGCAGCCCAAAGAGUCCAGUGCAGCUGGGGAUCAGUUCCCUUAGAUCUGCUCAGUCUGUUAGUGUGGCAGCAGCCCCAUGCAGCUAUGCAACUUCCUACGGAGGGGCCGGUUUUAAGUGCUGCCGGCAAUGGGCAUUUCUUUGAACGGGUAUUUUUGUUUUUUCAGGUCAUUAUUUUUCUGUACUUUCAUCUCCAGGCUGCCUCCCCAAGUGGGGGCAAAAUAUGAAAACUUAAGAAUAACUGCUGAAGUGGGGAGAGAAGUUUUCCAAGUUCCUAAGAUUGAGUUUGGAUGGAGCUCAGAAUAAUUUGUGGAACAUUUUAUAUAGAUUUUUUUAAAAAAAAAAUCAGAAUUUCAUUUGCAUGGCAGAUUCAUAGCAAUUUGCAUCUUUCAUUUUCCAGAUAAUCUGGAGAUUAGCAUUUGAUAAUUUUUUAAACAAGUAUGGAGAUUUUGUUAAUUUAUAAUUUAUUAAUGUGUUGUUACUGUGCUGCAUAUGUAUGUUAAUUUACAGAGGCUUUUAAACAGUCCUGUAGGGGAAAUGUACUGAGGAAAUGAUGUGAAUAAAUAAAUAAUAGUUCCCACAAAACACAUCUGAAUGGUUUAAAGGCUGAAGAGAAAUCAGGGCUAUUGAAGCAAAUGUCUUUUUAUAUCAAUACGAUAAGUAGUUUCUGCAUUUUCAACACAAGUGAAGAUUCUGCGGUCUGAAGGAAGCUGCCCUGGCCAAGGUUUCUUUGUAUUCUGGUACUGCCUGGGCUCUUAGUGUCCCAAGUUCUCCCCUUCGCCCACCAUCUUUCCCCUCUCCCACCCCACCUGACCUGCUUCAUGAUCUCUUGCCAGGAGAGCCUACACUCAGACAACAUUUUCCGGAAAUUCCGCUGUGAAACACCUUGUGUGAUGCUGCACACGCACGAUCAGAGAAUCCCAAACCAAUGCGUGUGACAGCCCACAACAAUGUCCUGGUGCUUCUGAAAUCCUUAAGGAAGAGAGUCUUCCCUCAAGGUGGCUCUUCUCAUUCAAUCUCAGUCCAAUCUGCUUUGCUGUUUUCCAUUUUGUCAAUUGUUCUCUCCAUAAAAUAACCACCACCAUUUAGAAUGUGAAGAAUGUGUUUCUUUCACACCACUGAUAUCCUAUUGUGGGCAGAAUUCUUGGGGCUCCUUGUGGGAAAUGCUGAUUAUCGCUGGGGCAGCUUAUUGGCCACUUUCUCCUAGAGGCUUAUUUUUACAAUGUGAUUAUCUCUUUUCAUUUUACUUUUUCUAACAGUUGGUGUCAAACCUGAGUCCCCUUUUUGACUGACUGUGUGCCCUGUAAUGAUGGUGCUCACUUUCACUUGAUCCUGCUGUCCUGGGCCUCAUUACGCUCUCCAGAACUGAAGGGUCCGGCCCUUCGGGCUCAAAACCAGAUUCAUCUGUCAUUGGGAAAGUCUCACCAAAUUACAAAUAUGUAAUUCAGACCAUGGUCAUUUGUGGUUUGCUAAGGCAGUUAUAGAAAAGCUGGCAGGGAUCUGUCUCUACAGGAGUUUGGCAUGACUAAUCUAGAACAGUUUCUACUAAAAUCUGUUUGAGGACCAGACUGUUUAAAAAAAACACCUAGAAACUACUAUUUUUACUUUAAAUUUAGACUUUCCCUUCACAUAAAUUCUCAAUAUUAAUAUGCAGAUUUUUUUUAAAUGGCUCAAAUCGAAACAGUUCAGAAUUUUAUCUCCAAACAGUUAAACCCUGAAAAGCAUCCAAAGGAAAUAUGCUUGAAAUUUGUAAAUGAUCUAGUGGUGCCAGGGCAGGAAACUUUGAAUCUUGGAGAACUGGCUUUUUCCUCAGCUGCUCCGCUGGCUAAAUGGAGGGAGAGCCGAUGGCCCAAAUGAACCAGAUGUCUUGCCCUCUCUACUUUGUAGGGGGAGGUCACACACUGGAAUCCAUAUCUUCUGUCAUACCCUUGGUCCGCAGUGUGUUGAUUGCCUGUUGUUACCAUCUUCACCUGCGUAUUUUUGUCAGGCCUAUCUCUUGCCUAAAUAGUAAGAAAAAGGAAAUCUUUCUAAUACUCAGGUUUUACCAUUAAAUGAGCUAUUUGCCAGAAGAGUGAAUUGAAUAUGCUUUAAAGGCAUGUUUCUUUAAAUCUGGGCACAAGCUUGAGCAUAAAUUUGUGUUUUACAAAAAGCCAUUUCUUUUGAAAUAGAAAAGCGUUGCAUAUUGAGUUUCCUGAAACAAUUCAAACAAGAUCAAACAGAGCCUGCUGGUAUAUUAAUAGGAGACCCUGGCCUAAAAUAUGAUGGAUCCAUGGGGCCCUCUUCCCCAGUGCAGACAUGCAACCACAUUCACGUUCCAUCAGUGAGAAUGCGGUGUUUCUAAAACUGGUGAUGAGAACAGUCAAACCAAUCAGAGCUCACAUUCUGUAAUAUGGGCUAGACCAGGUUUGUUUGGGGAAAGCACUUUGGAAAUGGCAGUGCUUUAGGAAUGUGAAUGAUCAUUCUUACUGUCUUUUUUAAAAGACCAGAUUCCGAACAAACAUCACCUGCAUUUAGUGCCUACUCACCAGGGAGUGUGGAUUCCAUACCAACAAGCUAGAUAGUAAAACAAAGUUGUAUUGUAAACUGGGGGGGUUUCAAGAGGGAGUAAUUGAAUCUUACUGCUUACUGGCAUCCCCGCCACAUUGACACUUUUGCAUCUAAGUAAAUAAGCACAUGCUAAGAAUAAAUCAAACCAAAUGGUGAUGUGAGCAGUGCUUGCUGGCUCUCAACCCCUCUUAGAGGGAGUUCAGGCUAAGACUUUGGAAUAAGGAGCCUUUUAUGUGCCAACAAUUGGAAGACUCUAGCACCAGGCUGCAGGCACAGUCUGAGGUUUCCAUAUUUCAAGUCCGGGAGGGGCGUCAAGCAUCAGCCCCUGUGACUGCUGACUUGGGCUUUGCUCUGGGAACAACAUUGAUUAUUGGGUUGUCAGUUUCCCCCUUUAAUUUCCCUUCCUACCCUGAUAGGUUACUGCUGGCUGGCUGGUUUUUGUUGUUGUUUAAGGGGAAUUGCAAUCCAGAUUUCUCUCUGCUGCGGUCUUUGCCUGGCAGCAGCAGGUCAGUUUGCUUUGCUCAAACAAAACACUCACCAGCGUGAAGCUCUGAGUGAGCAUCUCACUCGGAAUGCUGCCUCGCCACAUGGUCUAUAUCUGAAACAAAGAAUUACUGUAUUUAUUAGGAAGUGCUGCUUCUCCCCUGGCUAGCUUAACUUGCUAAUAGUUUCUAGCAUUGAAGGUAAUCAGGUGCAUUCAUCUUUGGUUUGGUCAUUGGGAAUAAGUAUGUUAAUGCUCUAAAACCAUGAUACCUCAACCAAUAGCCAUCCCAAUGGGUCUGUGCUUGUAUACAGGAGAAGAUUCCAGAAAUAGAGAUCAUUUACCAAAGGGACCCUGGGGUGUCUGUGAGCUGAAACGUUGGCCAGCAGACCUUGCUGGUAACAUCUGCUGGCUCUGCUGAGGCUGCUGGGCAUCCCUCAGAUCCCUGGUAUGCAUGCAUAGGCUCCAAAAAGGAUUCACACUCUCUGACCCAAUGCCAGGCUUUUGUGGGUGUUGCUUUUUAACCAGUGAGACUCUCAGAUCUUCCCUCUUAAUUUCUGAUCUGAUUUGAUCAUGUUGCUAGGUCCUAAUGGUUUAUGUUGAGAAAAUCAAGCAUUAGAAAGUCUGACAGGCAGUCUAAAAUUAAGUUGUACAUAUUAAUUUGUUGUGCAGCACCAUACACACAUAGAAUUAGGCCCUGUACAACAUUACCGACAAAUCUUUAUUGAAAUCUCCCAUGGCAGGCACUCAAUGGGGCUUCAGGCUUGGACAAAGUCGCAUGAUGUUUUCCUAUAUUGGGUCCAGGAGAAUCAAUCCAAUCCCACUUUUGUUUCUUCAGAAAGAAGUUGCCAUGGAUGUUAUUGUUUGAAAAUAAAAAGCUGGGGGCAGCUAGGUGGCACAGUGGAUCAAGCACCGGCCCUGGAUUCAGGAGGACCUGAGUUCAAAUCUGGCCUCAGACACUUGACACUGUGUGACCCUGGGCAAGUCACUUAACCCUCAUUGCCCCGCAAAAAAAAGGAAAAAGAAAGAAAAUGUGUGACCAUAACUUGGUUAACUUAUGAUGUUCAUUUACCCCACCAUUUCCUUAUAGCUCCUCCUUAUUUGCUACUAGAGUAAUACUGUUAAGUGGACAUAACCUUUCAAUCACAAAAAGUAGAAAAUUAAGUAGAAACAACCUGUAUUUCUUCAGUUCAAACUGAAGUAGGACACCCACUUUAGGUGUUUGAAUAUAUCAUUAUUGCAGGUGAUCUUGCCAAAGUGUCCAAAAUAUUUUAAGGUAGAAAGAGGAGAGAAGAAGGCUUUUGAGGGAAUGUAGGAAAACACUGCCCCUGAAUUGUGUUCCAGUACAUUAACACAAUGGAAGAAGAAUUUGGAACACAGCCCUUAGCAUUAAUGUUACAUGGUAACACGUGUAUCUGAUUUUGCACACUUACCCAAACAAAAAUGUAUUGACAAGUAUUAGAUGAAACUGUCAUUGCUUGUGAAACAAUUGUCAUUUUAGUGAUAAAUGGAUAAUAGGUCUUCCUUCAUUAUCUUAAAUUUAAACAAAUGUAACGUUUGAAUUGUUGAAUGUAGUGCCUGUUUCUAGAUUUUGUCACUGAAAGUACGAUCAGAAGGUUUAAGAUUGUUGGGGUUUUUGACAGUCUGACAGUACACAAUCAUGAACACUUUUUGAUUUAGGCUGUAUGUUUAAUAACAUUCCAUUAUGUAAAGAAAAUGUAAUAAAUCUUUUGAAGCACAA